AUGGAGGGCAGUUAUAGAAGCUCUUCCUCUGAUCUGAUCACGUCCGGGCAGGCAGACAGGUCUCAGCCCGUCGUGGAUGAACUGUUGCCCUUACUGAGAUACUUCGGGGAGGUACGGAGUGAUGCAGACACCUGUGUGAGCUUCCUGGCUCAGACCGUGAUGAAAGCCCACGAGGUUCUCCGGGGGGGACGCAUCCGUACACGCUUUGUUUUUCACUUAAAGGACGGCCCUCUUGGUUCUUUGCCAUUUCCUAACAAACAAGCCGUGCCGGAGCAUCUCCCACUACAUUUGCUCAGGACUCUAACCAGGAAACUGCACGAGUUGCCACAUCCUUCCAGCAGAAUGCCGAGCCAGCUCGAGGGUGCCAUGGGCGCGCUGAUAUCGGUUUUCUACAACUACUCCGGGAACGAUGGAGAUAAGCACAAGCUCAACAAAGGCGAGCUGAAGGAGCUCCUGAACAGCGAGCUCACCGACUUCCUGACGUCCCAGAAAGACCCGAUGCUGGUGGAGAAAAUCAUGAAUGACCUGGACUCGAACAAAGACAACGAGGUGGAUUUCAAUGAGUUUGUCGUGCUGGUGGCCGCCCUGACCGUCGCCUGCAACGACUUCUUCCAGGGCCAGAGUAUAAAAGCCAAGUAGCCGCAGAAUAUCCGACCCAAACUGAAUGGAAAAGUCCAACUUUAGUUCUGUGUUGCCAGUUGAAUAUUUAUUGUGGUUUCACAAUAGUUUCCUGAGCUGUGAAUAAGUAUAACUAUACAUCUAAAGAUUCAGUUCUUUUUCCCCCCUGUUUCAUCUGCUAAAGUGAACAUGAAGGCCGCUUCUGUAGAUUUAUUCUUUGGUAUUUCCCUUUAAAACAAAUAAAUCUCUAUCAGAUAAAAUCCUGUCUGUAAAUGUUGUGUAGCUCAUGCCCCAAAAGUCGUACGAGCUCAGACUCUAAUUCUCGCUAGUUUCUAAAUGUCUGAUGUUUAAUGUGUAUUAUUUCCCUGACUGCAGCAAUCAGGAAACAUUUUUUUCCCCUGUGAAUUUAAAUCUUCCUCUAGAAGGAAAACUUUCCCCCCGUAUCCUGUUGUGAAGUCAUAUAAAAAUUAAGCUGUGCUGACAUGUUAAUAGUUCAUCGUGUGUUUCAGUAAGGAUGGAUUAUCCUCUGUUUCCGCUCCAUGUGUUUGAUUUUCCUCCUUUUCUGGCAUUUUUGGAAAUUGUUUUUUAAUAGGAAGCAAAGUUUGGAUCUAUUUGACUUUAAAACUGUUACUGAACAAAAGUAAAUGUCUUAAAUGAAU